AUGAGAGAGGUGUGGAGUGGCAUGACGACCAUCACUGGUUUCAAACCAAGAAACAGCAGAGGAGCUGAUGGAAGUGUGGAAUGGGCGAAUGAGCUGAACCUGUUCUUUAACAGAUUUGACGAAGUGACCCCAGCUCACCCCCAAACAGACUCUUCUGCAGCACAAUGGCAACCAUCAACUCCACUCUCUCUCCCUCCCCCCUCCUCCUCUGAAUCCCCUGACUGCACUUAUCAAGGAAGCACAUACACCCCUCCCCCACCUGACUCCCCCACACUGAGCUUCACUGCUGACCAGGUGAGAAGACAGCUGAACAGACUCCAUGCAGGCAAGUCUGCAGGCCCAGACGGCGUGAGCCCAAGGGCCCUGAAGACCUGUGCCCCCCAGCUAUGUGGAGUUUUUCAUUAUGUCUUCAACAUGAGUCUCAGUCUUCAGAGGGUCCCAAUGCUGUCGAAGACGUCAUGCCUCGUCCCUGUACCGAAGACGCCGCGCCCUAGCGACCUCAGGGAUUACAGGCCUGUUGCACUGACGUCACACAUCAUGAAGACUCUGGAGAGACUCAUCCUGGAGCAGCUCCGGCCUAUGGUUCAGCCACUUAUGGACCCCCUUCAAUUCGCCUACCAGCCCCGUCUCGGAGUGGAUGAUGCCAUCAUCUACCUGCUCAACAGAGUCUACACCCACCUGGACAAGCCGGCGAGCACUGUGAGGGUCAUGUUUUUUGAUUUCUCCAGUGCGUUUGACACCAUCAGGCCGACUCUGCUGGGUGAGAAGCUGAUGGCGAUGAGGGUAGAUGCCCCACUGGUGUCCUGGAUUGUGGACUACCUGACUGGCAGACCACAGUAUGUGCACUUGCAGUGCUGUGGUGAUGAGAGUGAGUACAGGACGGUUGUGGACAACUUUGUCACAUGGAGCAAGAGAAACCACCUGCAGCUCAAUGUGAUGAAGACAAAAGAACUGGUGGUGAACUUGAGGAGGACCAAGGCUACAGUGACCCCUGUCAACAUUCAAGGGGUCAAUGUGGACAUGGUGGAGGAGUACAGCUUAGCUGGUGGUUGUCUGGCCUCAGAAUUGUCUUUUCUGCUGGAGCCCAGUGAUGUAAUUGCAGUGAGGGAUCGCCCACUCAUGCUGGACUGUCGGGUACAAGGCGAGGAACCGAUCACGGUUACGUGGCGUAAAAAUGGGGUGCCUUUACUCACCAGCCCUCGGGUCCGAGUGCUGGAAAAUGGCACGCUGUUCAUCCAAAGCUUCCAGAAACGCAGAGAGGGCAGCGACGCUGACAUGGGCGAGUACGACUGUGCUGCCCAAAAUCACUAUGGCAUGCUCGUCAGCCGCAGGGCCAAAGUCCUUUUGGCAUCUCUUCCUAAAUUCCACACCCACCCAGUGUCCAUGUCAGUGGAUGAGGGAGGCGUUGCUCGUUUCCAGUGUCAGAUCAACGGAGUGCCCGAGGCCAACAUCACCUGGGAGAAAGACAGAGUACCACUCAACACCACUGACAAUAGGUACACUCUCCUGCCAAUGGGCAUUCUCCAGGUGACAGGCGUGAGACAGGUGGACACUGGGGUUUUCCGAUGUGUGGCCACCAAUCCAGCCAACACUCGCUACAGCCAUGAAGCCGUGCUCAAUGUCACUGGUGGAGCUCCCAGAAUCUAUAAGGAGCCAGUCAUCCUGUCAGGACCCCAGAAUCUGACCAUCACUGUCCAUCAGACAGCUAUCUUGGAGUGCAUCGCCACAGGAAACCCAAGGCCCAUUGUUUCCUGGAGCAGGCUAGAUGGACGCUCCAUUGGGGUGGAGGGUAUCCAGGUUCUGGGGACGGGGAACCUGAUGAUCUCAGAUGUUUCCCUGCAGCACUCUGGUGUGUAUGUGUGUGCUGCCAAUCGGCCUGGCACCAGAAUGAGACGUACUGCACUCGGACGACUCGUGGUACAAGCUCCUCCCGAGUUCCUGCAGUGGCCACAAUCUGUGUCCAAACCAGCAGGGGGCAGUGCUGUGUUCACCUGUGUGGCCCAGGGCGUCCCCGAGCCUCACCUCAUCUGGCUAAAGAACGGCAAGGUCCUGAUGCCCGGACACAACGUUAAGCUGACCAACAAUAACAGCACUCUGGCUCUGACCCGUAUCAGCUCAGAGGAUGAGGCCAUCUACCAGUGCAUUGCCGAGAACAGUGCCGGGACCAACCAGGCCAGCGCCCGUCUGGCUGUGGCCCAGGCUAAAGACCUGCCCGCCACCCCCCAGGGCCUCAAAGCCAGCGUCCUGUCCACUAACGCCCUGCAGAUCACAUGGAACCAGCCAGCCCCCAACGUAACUGAUAGCAUCAUCGGAUACGUCUUGCACAUCCGCAAGAUAGGAGAGCCUGACAGUCUGGAGCUGCAGGAAGCCAUCAGUAAAAGCACCUUCCAGCAUGAUGUGACCAACCUGGAACCAGCCACCACCUACUCCCUCUACCUGAAGGCCUACUCUCCUCUGGGAGCCAGCCAGCAGUCUCACACUGUGGUAGCCACAACACUGGGCGGUGUGCCAACCCCUCCCACGUUCUUCACCAAGGUGGUGAAUUCCAGUGCCGUGCAGGUCCUCUGGGAGCUCCCCAGUAAGGCUGGCAAGGCUGAGGGCUUCAGGCUGUCUUACCGCAAGGUUCCCCACACCAGCUUCCAGGGACCCAUCCAGCUGCCUUGUCACAUCAAUGCCCACACCAUCUCUAACAUGGAACCGGGUGCAGUGUAUGAAGUCAAACUGGUGGCCUACAAUGGAAACGGAGAGAGUGACUGUUCCAAGAGACUGGUGUCACUGGCAGAGGAAGGCCUCAGUGACCAAAGCACCGGUGAGUGGAACACUCUGUGUCAGUGCAGGGAUGGAGAGGCCUCUCUGGGCAGCAUAGUCAUUGGCAUCCACAUCGGCACCGCCUGCAUCAUCUUCUGCGUCCUCUUCCUCAUGUUUGGAUACCGUCGCAGUCUUUUUUGCAGUAAAGGGACACAGGAAAGCUGGUCUGUCCCUCAGGACAACACAGGACACAUGGGCAACCCUAAAGAUGGAGCAAACUGCCCCAGGUUGGAAUCAGUGCCUCAGCAGGCGGUCUGUCCAGCACAGUGCCAGGUCGUCAUCGAGCAGCAGUCAUCGGGUUUGCCUGGCAUGGGCACUGGCUAA